UCAAUGUUACUGAACAAAAAGUUCUAUGGGUAACAUUUUCACAAUUACUGAUCUAAGUAAUUGCAUGAGAAUACAUUACCAUUACAAAUGGCAGAAGAACGAAAGAAAUCUAUAAGAGUUACUGCAGUUGGAGACGGCGUUAUUGGGAAGACCUGCUUACUGAUAACUUACACUAAAGGAGUUUUUCCUUGUGAAUAUAUACCUACAGUUUUUGAAAAUUACACAGCUAACAUAUUAGUAGAUGGAUGCACACACAUUUUGAACGUUUGGGAUACAUCAGGUCAGGAGGAUUAUGAUAGGUUGCGGCCACUUUCUUAUCCAAAUACUGAUUGUUUCCUGCUGUGUUACUCAAUUAGUAGUCGCGAUAGUUUCGACCAUGUGCAUUCAAAAUGGUAUCCAGAAAUUCGGCAUUAUUCACCAAAAGCACCAAUAAUCUUAAUCGCAACUAAAAUCGAUUUGAGAAAUUCUAACUCCCAUGGUUUGGUGACAUUUGAAGAAGGUCAAGCAAUGCACAAAAAGAUCCGAUCAAGUGAUUUUGUAGAAUGUUCAGCACUUGAAUAUACAAAUGUGGAUAUUGUUUUCAUAAAGGCAGUUCGAGCUGUGUUGCAAAAGGAAAAUGCCGCACGAAAAUUAAAAUGUAAUCCGAGUGGUUUAAGUGACCGCAUACUCGGUGAAGUCGCUCUGGAGGCACAAGGUGAGACGGAUCGAGUCCAACUGCAGGCAACGACGACCAACUCUGAAGCAGAAAAAAUGGAGCAGUGCUGGUGGCUGGCUGUUGGCAGGCGCGGUGGGUCCUGA